AAGAGACAAUAUAUAUAUAUAUAUAUUAAUAAAAAAAAAACAUAGGCUCAGUUUCUCUCUCUUUCUUCUCUCUAAGCGCGCAAAUCAUAGAUUUUGGUUUUGGCCAAAAGAAGUACGCCAAGUGAAAAAAUAAUGGCGCUUUGUUUCAGUUUCAGUUUGAAGAAGUCCCUCCCUCCAUUUCAUUGUGCUACAAAUCUACCACUUCUUCACUCUCUCCCUCCCUCAAAUCAAACCCAUUUCAUCUAUUGCUCUCUUUCCCUCUCUUUGUCCAAACCAACAGAGAGCGAAAAAGCUGAGCCAUUUUAGAUCUACCUAUCUGAUACCGCCAUGGCCGAGCAAGUCAAGUGUGUCCGCAUCACUCGCUUAGCUAAGAAGAGGUCUACGGCGGCGGCUUCAUUUCCCGAUGUCGACCCUUUUGUUAACAAGAAGCGAGUUGUAUUGAGUGAGCUCAGGAAUUUGUCAAACGCCAUUGCUCUGGUAAAGCCUAAACGCCUAGUGAAGACCAAGAAGGCCGUACAAACCACUGCGAAGACGUUCGGCAAGAAUGGAAAUGAUAAUGCAUUGGAGGACCCCCAAAUGUGUGGUCCUUAUGUAUCUGACAUAUAUGAGUAUCUUCAUAAAAUGGAGGUUGAGCCAAAGAGAAGGCCAUCGCCGGACUACCUUGAGAAAGUUCAGAAAGAUGUUGGUGCCAACAUGAGGGGCGUAUUGGUGGAUUGGCUGGUGGAGGUUGUGGAGGAGUACAAACUUGGUUCGGAAACUCUUUACUUAUCGAUUUCCUAUAUUGAUCGAUUCUUGUCCUUGAACGCCAUUGCCAGGCACAGGCUUCAGUUACUGGGCGUUUCUUCUUUGCUCAUUGCCUCAAAGUACGAAGAGAUCAACCCUCCAAAUGUGGAAGACUUUUGUUACAUCACAGAUAACACAUACACAAAAGAUGAGGUUGUGAAGAUGGAGGCUGAUAUACUAAAGACACUGAAGUUUGAAAUGGGAAAUCCUACAGUUCGAGCAUUUUUAAGAAGAUUCACUGAUAUAGCUCAAGAGAGAUGCAAACUAAUUACAAAUAAGACCAAAUCACAAACUAGCAUUAUGCAAUUGGAAUUCUUGGGAUACUAUCUUGCAGAGUUGAGUCUCUUGGAUUACAGCUGCCUUAAAUUCUUGCCUUCAAUGGUUGCUGCAUCUGUUGUCUUUCUGGCAAAUUUCAUUCUUCACCCAGAUAGUAAUCCUUGGUGUUCAACACUGCAGAAGUAUUCUGGAUAUAAAUCAGUUGAUUUGAAGGAAUGUGUACUUCUAAUCCACGAUCUCUACUUGGGUAGAAGAGGAGGAACUCUUCUUUCAAUAAGAGAUAAAUACAAGCAUCACAAGUUCAAAUGUGUGGCCGCUUUAUCUUCUCCUCCAGAGAUACCCGUUUCUUAUUUUGGAGAUGCAUGUUUAAGUUGUCAGUCACCACUGAUUUUGGAAUCAAUUCUCUUCAACGAAGUGUUAUGUUGAUGGUGUUCUUUAUUGAUGGCUUACCAAAGCUUUGGGGUCUUGAGAUUGGAAAUUGUGGAAUUAAGUGGAAAUUUCACCUUAUGGAGUUGUCAAACGUAGCCCGAGGAGGCCAUAAUUUCCCUCGGAGUGAGCUUUGAAAAGAUACAACCAUUAAAUGGAAAACUUUGGUUUGGCGAGGCUUAAUGAGAUGUGCGGCACCAGUUGACUAAAUCGAUCUGAUGGGUUGCACACUGCAUGAUUGUAUGGUUUUUCAUGAUUUAGUAAUACUUUCUUUUUUUUGAAAAAAAAUAGUCACUAAAAUAAUUGAGUAAGCACGUUCUUUUUUUUUUUUUUUGUGGGGUUGGGGGUGAGAUAACUCGGAUACUUGACUAUUUUAGGCUGCUUACUUUCCAUACUCUUGUAAUGGUUUGUAAAAAAUAUAUUACAAAAUUUAUUGAUUUUCAUUGUUACUUUA